AUGAACUCAACAGCUAGUCAAUCCAAUUUAAAGCAAUUCUUUGGGAAGCUUCGGUCUUCUUCUAAAUCAAGACAGAAUAGUAAUUCUCCAGAAAAUGGUGGGACACCUUCAAUCUCAAGAACUAGUUCAUCAACAAAACUUGGUGGUAACAUUGGUAGUGGCUUUGGUAAACAACUUAAAACAUUAGGUUCGGGUAUUUCAUCAAAAGUUGAUUUAUAUUAUAAGAAAUCAACAAAUGAAUAUUUUGCAGUAAAGACAUUUAGAGGUCGUGAAAAUUAUGAAUCAAGAGAUGAAUAUAGAAAAAGAUGUUAUCAUGAAUAUGAUAUAACCCGUGAUUUAAAUCAUGAAAAUAUUACUAAAACAUUUUCAUUCAUAUCAUCAAUUAGUUCAUCAAAUCAUCAAUUAGUUAUGGAAUUUACACCAUAUUCAUUAUUGAAAAUUAUUCAAGUUGCAACACCUGGUGAACAAGAAAUCCUAUGUUUUUUCAGACAAAUUGUAUCAGGAUUAAAUUAUUUACAUGAUAAUUAUAUUGCACAUCGAGAUUUAAAAUUAGAAAAUAUUCAAAUGGAUUCCCACGGGAUAGUUAAAAUUAUAGAUUUCGGUACAGCUUUUAAAUUUGGACCAACACCAAGGAAAUUGGCAAUUGGAGCUGUAGGGACAGAAGCUUUAAUUUCACCAGAAGCCCUAUCUAAAUUACAAUACGAUGGUGAAUUGAGUGAUAUAUGGUCGUUGGGUAUCUUGUUGUACAGUAUGAUUAAUGUUGAUUUCCCUUGGACAGCUGCUAGAGAAUCUAAUAGUGAAUUCAAAUCAUUUAAACAAGAUCCCCAGGUUUUAAUCAAGUCAAAUUAUCCCGAACAAGUUUGGAAUUUGAUAGGGCAAAUUCUCCAACUGGAACCAACAAGCAGAAUUAAAACCAAUGAAAUCCUAACCCAACUAGGCUCAUUAACACCUGACUCUGUUCCUCCACAUAUUCAAUGUCCUUCAAAGAAACAUGCUAAAACUUUGAAAAUUUGUGCAAAUAGAUUUAAACUGUGA